AAUGAACAAUGGACGUUAUUGGAAUCAACUAUUUGUGGGAGAACCGAAGGUCUCUAGACGAAUCUGUCUUUGGAAUGUAGUCUUUUCCUUGUACGGAUAUGAGGAACAAAGGCAUUGGAAGGUAGCCAGCAUUCCAAAAGAAUCGGCCUCAACACACCUCUACAUCCAAGUUAAGGUCUUCGUAGUCCAACCCAUAAUUAUCAUCCUUCUUACACCGGGUAGGCUUUUACUUAGUCUGAAUAGCGAUUCGCUAAUAACCAUUAAUCACCAUGGAGUUCACAAGCCCAUACGAUGAUUAUCAGAGGGCUUUAGAUUAUGACAUCCACGCCGAGGUCGCUCCCGGUGUCUGGACAGUCUGCAAGAAACUUGACAGGACAACCCUUUUGGCUCAUGAUAUCACUGAUAUGUUGGCUACGGACUCGGACUCGGACUCGGACUCGACAAGUCCAGCUAGGCAAGGCUUGGGUUUCCUAUUAGGCUCGGAUGGGGCCAAUUUGCUCCAGGAGGUCAAGGCUAUCAUAAACCACGAGAACCUAAUAUGCCUGCGGGACUGGUUCUCUAUUGCAAUGCAGAAGCCCAAAUCGAGAGGCUACGAAAAACGAACGUUUGUCGUCUGGGAUAAUUGCGACGCCGGAACCUUGGAAAACCUUUUGGUCGAAGAAUACGACAAGUACAAACCAGACCAGGAGACCGAUGACAGCACAUCAUCGCGCUCCGAUGUCCAAGAUGAAGCAUCCGACACCGAUACUGAAAUGACCGAUAUCCAUGUCCAUGUCCAUGCCCACGAAACGGAUAAGCUGAAGAAGUUCUUACCAGAAUCCUUAUGUUGGCAUGUACUUACCUCAGUCUUGAAGGCCCUGGCGUGGUUACAUGAUGGUAGUCCAGAACUCGUCCGUAUAGGUCCUAAUAAAUACGGUAUGAAUCCCACUCCGGACUGGAAUCCUGCUCUACACCGGGAUAUCACUCCCGCCAACAUCCAGUUCCAACAGCCUAGACGCAAAGAGACAUACGGGCAGUGCAAGCUGGGAAACUAUGGUAGUUUAUACUUAUCGAAUCAUCAUAACGGAGACGGCAAGUCCAGUGUCGAACGGGUUAGGGGCAAGGCCUUAGCGCCACGAAAGGGAGAUGUCGACUCAUUAUUGGACGACCUCAUCCAGCAAGAUGACCGAUAUGGUUAUACUUAUAAGGAACAGCCGGACCAGCCUUACACUGUAAUCAGUGAGUGGAGGGCAUUUGGCGAGAUCAUGCAGGCGAUGAUGAUACCUCCCUCAGGAACAAAAACAAACGUAAACGAUCACAUCCAAAACGUAACCAAGCAUGGAGUAAGGUAUAAUCUCGGGGGCGUGGAUUACUCGGUUGGGUUAAAGAACGUGAUAAUCAGGAUGAUGACGCUCAACCCAGACGAGAAGUCAGCGGAUGGCAACUACCUUUUCCCAAACCGAGAUACCCUAACCUCCAACCUAUGCGUAGAAGCCUUCGAGAGAUUCAGACGAUGGAGGGUUUCUACUGACGAGGGCCGAGAGGUAGUCACCGUCGAGUCGCAACAAGCCCAGCAAAUUUUAGAAGACACAAAAGCACAGGCUGAGAUGUGGAAUGCAACCGUGGAGAUGAACCGGAUUGUGGAUAAACUACAAGCGGAAAAGGGCCCCUGGCGUUUCGACGAUCAUGAGGAUGCUGAAAUUGACGAUUUCGAUCCCACAGGCUUUACCUUCCAGGACUUGGCGAAUGACGAAGAUGAGAGACCGUAUCCUAUUAGAGAUAUCCCGCCCGAUGACAAUUGGGACUUUGAUCCGUAGACUUAUAGAUAGUUAGCUUUUAACAUGGCUGAAGCCUGGAGGGUCGGUAGAUGAUUAUAAGGGGUGCUAGUUGGUUGAUGAACUGAGCCAAAUUUGGCAAAAGGACACAUUAUAACUUAAUUUACUGAUGA